UUAAACAAUUAGAACACCUUUCAUUAUACGUCGUCCAGAGUUAAUCUCCGGUUUUCAUCCUAUAUCUCAAAUGCUUGUUAGUUUAAAGCGGUUCUGAAAUGACAUUCUCCCUUCAUUCCUUUGUUGUGCGGUUAAAAUAUUUCCAGAAACUUUAAGACUUGGCUCCCUCGAACCAACCUUCUACUCAGCGAUUUAGAAACACUGCUUUGGAGAUCAUUUUGUGCUACUCCAUACUGGCAGUUAAAGUAUGACUUCCAGUGAAUCACACCAUACCUACAGAGCCUGAACUGCAAUAACCUGCCAUCUGUAACUGACAUUCAGUCAAAUGGGUGGCCCCGAUUGGAGCUGAAAAUGAUCGUAUGACUGGGCCAAUCCUAAAAGGAUCACAGUGAGCUGAAGCCUAUCCUUGCAAUAUUGGAUGCAAAGCAGAGACCAAUUCAAAACUACAACGCAAUGGAGACUUGGAGCAGAAAACGCGGUUCGAGUUUGAAUGCCACAAAAAUCUUUGUGGGCAACCUUCAUCCAAUGGUGGGACAGUGCUGUUUUCGAUGUGUUCCUGAGAGUGUGAAUGUCAAUUUCCUGAAGAAUGGUUCAUCUUUUGGAUUUCUGAAUGUUCUACAUAUGAAUGAAGCAGAAACCAGGUACAAAGGCUGGCUAGCAAGGAGAGUGUGUUUUUUACUUUUUAUAUGGGAACGCAAUUUGCAAGUCCAUUCUGCUGUUGAAAGAGAUGCCCGAGUGCUUCAAAGUAGUAGAGUCAAGAAUAUACUUUGUCACCAGAAAUAUGAGACUGGCAACCCAUGUGAGAUGGAGGACGAUUGCCUGAGGAUCUCAUUAAAGAUAAAGACUUCAAUUUCGACUUGUUUUGCUAAAUUUGGAUUUUGGCUCUUUCAGAAGGUCCUUGGAAGAGUGUUUAUCAAUGUGCUUGUCAGCUUACACCAAGUAAAGAUACUAAAAGAAUUUAACAAGAAGCAUAAAGUUCCUAUCAUCUUUGUGUCAGCGCAUAAGUCAGCUAUUGAUUACAUACUAGUGCCAUUGGCCCUUUUUUGUGUCAAUCUGCAGGUCCCCUACACUAUCUGUGGGGCUGACUUAAAGUCUGUGUGGUUCAGAUCCUUGUUGCACAAGCUUGGUAUGAUUAUAGAUCCAGGUCUUCCAUCAGAACCAGACUCUGAUAUGGACAGUCUUCAUAAAGCCAUCCUGAUUUCUUAUGUUUCUGAAAUGCUAUCUGAGGGGCAACACCUACUUUUAUUCUUGGAGAACAUCCAUGGCUACAGUAGACGUCCUUCACCAGCUAGCAUGCUGUGGCUGUGUUCGAUUAAGGAGGCUGUGAGAUCUGCCGCCAUACCUGAUGUUGCUUUUGUACCUGUGGGGGUGGCUUAUGACUCUACAGUUGAAGGGAGGAUGGGACAUGCUUCACAGCAUCAAAUGAAUCAGGGGAUGUAUUGUUUUCUGAAAAUUGCAAUGUCUUCCAUAUACAGAGGCUUAGGCUGUUCCCGUAUAGAUUUUGGACAGCCAUUCUUGUUGAAAAAUUUCAUUUGUAGAAGGAGCCUGUCACCCACUCAUUUGUCUCUUCAAGAUAUCUUUCUAAACAGUUCAGAACUGCUGUCAGCAGAAAAACCUUUUGACUGGAUACUACCACCUUUGCUGUUUCCAGAAUUUGAAGAGCAAGAGCGACAUCUUAUGGUCAACCUCAGCCGACAUCUCUUGUGUUCGGCUUGUUCCUACACCUCUGUUAUGUCUACUUCUAUCUUUUCCUGUUUGCUACUGUUCAAACAUCCAUCAGGGGUCAUCUUAUCACAGUUGGCCCAAGACUUUCUAUGGCUUCUAGAAGAGAUCUUAUUCAGGAAUCGAGAUGUAGGAUUUGGAGGGUGCUUGUCAGCAGUGCUUUAUAAUGCAGCAUCAUUGUUAAAAGAGCAUCUAGUAUUCUGUAUAAUGCCAGGGAACAAGGAUGUAUAUAUCCUGCCCAAGAACACUAGCGAAGCAGUAGAGGCGCUCUACAUGCAUGCUGAGAUCCUUCAGGAUGUUUUCAAGUUUGAAGCCUUAGGAGCUUGUGCAGUCCAUGCAAUGCUGAUGGAAAUCGUUCUGUGUUCAAAUCCAGGAGAUAUGAACUUUGAUGUAGUACUGAGCCAGGAAGAGCUGCAAAAAAAAAUUAUACAGCUGAGUUUGCUGUUGUCAGGCGAGGUACUUCUGUUGCCGCCUUGCCAGUCAUUUUUGAGCAUUGCAGAGGAUGCUGUGGAUAGUCUUGUACGCUGUGGAGUACUAAUAAUGGAAGAGGUUACUGAGAAGCUGAUUGGCGACUUGGGGAAGAAGCAUCAUGAUCUUAUGUGGAAAACUUCUGAUUGCCUGUCAGGCAGUGAUAGUGACUGUGAAACAUCUGAAAACAUGAAGAGUUUUAAGCUUAGCCAGAGCUGCCCAGAUAUGUUUUUCUUCCUGUGCAGAAUGCUGAGCCCUUUACUCAGGGCAUUGUCUUGGUCUGUUGAUACACUACAGUUCCUGGAAAUGCUGACACCAGCUGCGAGCAUGGAGGAGCUGCACAGAUUUCUAAUGAAGAAAGCACAAAAAGAAAAAUCUCACUAUGAAAGCUGUACACUGAAGAUGGCAGCUACUGCAGUCUGGGUAUUUAAGGACCUGGGGAUUCUGAAAGAAGAGGAGGGAGAUGACAAAGUUGUGUACCUAACACUUGGCCGAGAAUUUCAUCAACCAGAGGAAAAAAAGAAGCUGCAAAAUUUAAUAGACCAGUUUUUGUUUGUUUAAAUAUUGCAAUUGUUCAUUGUUAAAUGCAUGUGUUAUCUUUUGUUGGUUCCAAAAUACUAAGCAGUAAUUAAAAAAAUAUAUAUAUAUGUAUAUGUAUAUGUAUGAAAAUGGGAUGGUAAAUUGUGGUAGUCUGGCAAAAACUGAUUUAGUGAUAGUGGAGUAUUUCAACAAGAACUCCUUCUGGAGUCCCACAGGGCAAGUCUGAAGUGUUAUGUGUCUCUAAUGAUGGUGGCGGCUGCAAGUAACAGAUGACUGUACAACCAAGAAGGAAAAGGCAGUAAAACAGGGAUUCAUUUAUUUAAGUUCCAAGUUUCUACCUCUGUUAGUCUUGACCAUCAUUCGUGCUCAGUACCAGAACAUGGAACCUGUUUGACAUGUGAUAAAAGAAAAGGUAGAAAUGAAAAUUAAAGGUCUUUAUAUCCAAGAUUGUGUAAUGGCAUUUGGUUUCAGGGUGGAUUCCCCGAUACCUCCUCCCCAAGCUCUACGUCCAGUGAGUGAAGACAAAUGGCAUUAUUUGGAGUUUGUUUUGGACUCAUACCAAAGUUUAAGUCAGAUGUUGCAUCCAUGUUUUUAAAAUGGAUUCCUGAUUUAAUAAGUUUAGGCAUCUUAUAAAAUUGUGCUGAAUCGUUUCCUCAGACUAUUAAUGAAUCUGCUUUAAUUGUUGUCUUAAUCUGCUUGCUUGGAAAUGCAUAUUGGCAGAGUAAAAUGGAACAUUGUCAGACUGAGUGAGGGCAAUAGAAGCGGAUUAGCCCACCGUGUAAUGUGAUGUAUCUAGACAGUUGCUCUGGUGAGUGCGCACCACUCACUUUUCUAUUCUAUAUUCCUUUCAAAUUCAGAGGUGCAUUUUCUAAAUCACAGAACAAAGUUA